AUGUAAAUAUUAUACAGCUUUUCCAAGCUGUUUACAUAUUGCAAUCCGCAUUCGCGCUGUGCUUCUCCUGUUCAAUAUUAUCGCUUUUAUAUCUGUUUUUUGAGCAAAUAAACCAUGUUUGAAGUGCUUGGCCAUUUCGUCUUGUUUUUGGCGAUAUUCCAGGCAGUUUUUGCCGGCGAAAACGACCUCAAAUCUGGCACAAAACAUUCAAAAGAGAAGCUCUCUAUCUCUGUGAAAAUCAUCGAGGAGGAAGACUCCGCAAACGGCAGACGAGAAACCGAAGUUAUUGUGAAAUUGAACAUUACAAUCCAGGAAGACAGUGUCAGAAUUAAUGGGAAACUCACAGAACUAGAUGUUCUUACGAAGUACGACCUCACUGCUGAGAUUGUUUACUCUGCCAAAGAUGUUCGCAUUCUUCCUGUCAUAAUUCACGUAAUGGUGAUGAGAAAGGAGCUGGAAUCGGGACAUCAAUAUUUGAUCGAAGAACAAGUGCAAUUCAUCAAUGAAAAGCGAGUUGAACAAGUCGAUGUUCAGGUGCUGACAAUUCAUAUGGAUGUGAAUGGCAAAGAAUUCAGACGAACAAUUGCUGCGGUUAAGUUCGAGGAAUCAAACAUUAAAAAAGCUGAGUUGUCCAGAUACUGUGGAAAAAAUGACAAAAAGCCGAAAAGAUUUUUGGAUCCAUCUCUGCCAGACGAGAAAGGAUAUGGUCAUCAUCAUAAACAUCACCACGGCAAAAGCCUUUGUUCCAGUUUCCAUAAGCUUCCAUUUGGCGCGCGAGUUGCAAUUCUUGUCGGCUUGGUCCUUGUCGUCUUGGCAUCCAUGAUGUGCUGUGCUAUGUGUUGCUGUCGCAAGAGCAAGAAAGCUUAUGAAAUCAGCAAGGGCAACGAUUUUAAGGCUGAAUUUGAAAUGGAGGAUGACGAAGCUGAGCCGUUGCCUGAAAAACUGGCCUUUGACGACAAAGAAGUGCUGAUUGCUUAACCAUAAGAAUGCGUCUUCAAAAUAUUCAACUUCUCGUCUUAAUUCAUUAUAGACUUGAUAUUAGCCGUGUUUAUUCUAGCCUAACCGUGACAUAAUUUCGUAUAGUUUUAUUGACUGAAAAAAUAUACCUCACAGACUGCACACUUUUGAUUUUAACCUUGCGAUGAAAUAUAUUAGUUUGUUGUAAGAUAAAAUUUGAUUAUUUUUGCACUUAUAUGUACACUUUUAAGUUCAACAUCUUGUAUUGAAGAUCACCGUCCUCAGUAAAUGUAUAGAUCUCUUUAAUUAGUUGCACCAUGAUUUUAUGUAGAUAUACUUAUUAGUGUACAUUAAAACUAUUCCGUGUGGAAAAAUGAAAGUU